AUGACGACCACCACGACCACCACCGCCGCCUUUUCACUUUCUUUCUUAAAGCGGCAGAAAGAAAGAAGGCGCGUUAACGUCAGGGGACGAAGAGGCGGAGGUAAAGUUGUUUUAAACUCAAUCACCCCGUCGACGACGGAAACGACGAAUCAGUCUGGAGACGAACCAACUUCCCGAGUGAAUACGACGAAUACCAAGAAUAAUAUUCAACUCUCCGUGGACGAACGGUCGUUGGAUUACCGCGCGCCUGGAUUCACGGUCGGCGAAAACGUCUCGACGAGUAAAAGAGUCUUACCGAAACGGAUCAUCUUGAUACGACACGGCGAGUCGCAAGGGAACAUCGACGAAACCGCGUAUCAAAACACCCCAGACUGGCAGAUUCGGUUAACCGAGAAAGGGAGAGAACAAGCCGAGCAAACCGGGAAGAUGUUGAGAGAAAUGUUGGAGCGAGAUAAGAUCGAGGAGCCGGAGAAGGACCCGAAAGUGUUUUUUUACAUCAGUCCGUACAGACGAUCGAAGGAAACCGCGGCGGGGAUCGCGCAAAGUUUAGAUCCGGAGAUGAUCAUCGGCGUGCGAGAAGAGCCUCAGUUGCGAGAGCAGGAUUUUGGGAACUUUCAAGACGGACAGAUGAUCAAGACGAAGAACGAGAGGCAAGCGUUCGGGAGGUUUUUCUACAGGUUUCCGGAUGGGGAGAGUGGUGCGGACGUGUACGAUAGAAUGACUAUUUUCGAGGAUCACAUGGUGAGAGAUAUCGACAACGGGAGGUUUAGCGGAAGCACGAAUAUGGUUCUGUGUACGCACGGUUUAACGUUGAGGAUAUUUUUGAUGCGAUGGUUCCAUUGGACGGUGGCAGAGUACGAGAGGAUUACAAAUCCGGCGAAUUCAGUGCCGAUUAUAUUAGAGAGAAGAGAGGAAGAUUGGACCGUCGUGAAUUGCGAACCGGAUUGGGACAAUAUGUUCGGCGACGGAGACGAGGACGCGGAUUUGUGCGCGCACCACGCGGUGCACACGAAGGAGUGUUACGAGUUGACCGAAAGUAGCAUGGCGGCGUUGGAAGGGUGCACGGACGACAUGUGCACGAUGAUUUUACCGGAAGAAUGUUGGGAGAGAGCGUUAAAUUUAGGUGUAAGUGACGCGACGGAGUGCUCCAUAAACGGCGGGGCGGUUUCAUGGAAACCGACUUCGUAA